CCCGUGCCGGCCCUGGGUGUGUGGCCCUCUCGGUGGGAGGUUUUUCCGGGGGCGCCCGGCCGCCGCCUCCCAGGCCAGCGUCCCCAGGAUUUUGCUUAUUUUUUCCAAUAAGCAGAUCGUUUUUGUACGCUUGUCGUUUAAAUUCGCAUUAGCGAUCUAUCCGUAACGUACAUACAACCACAAUGAAGGUCAUUGCCGCUUAUCUCCUUGCUGCCCUCUCUGGUGAGACCCCCACCGCCGACACCAUCAACAAGGUCCUCGCCUCCGUUGGUGCUGAGGCCGAGGCCGCCGUCGUUGAGAAGGUCAUUGCCGAGCUUUCCGGCAAGGACAUCAACGCCGUCAUCGCCGAGGGCUCCUCCAAGCUCGCUUCCGUCCCCACCGGUGGCGCUGCUGUCGCUUCUUCCGGUUCCGCUGCCGCCCCCGCCGCCGCCGCCGAGAAGAAGGAGGAGAAGAAGGAGGAGUCCGACGAGUCCGAUGAGGAUAUGGGCUUCGGUCUCUUCGACUAAGCGCUCCAAGUUGCCUCUGCCCUUGGAUAGCCUUGGAUUCGCACAUGGUCGCGCCUCCGUGGCCGGUGGCUUUGCUGUCACCGCCCUCGUUCUGCCGCCACUGUCCCCCUCCCUCCUCCUUGCUGCCAGGGCCGUCCGUCGCCUCUCGCAUGCGGCCGACUGCCUCUGAGCGUGUGUGCGCGGGAGUGCGCGCGUGUCAGUAGUGUGCUGUGGCGUUUAUCAUAUUCACAAUUUCAUGUUCUCGCCAACAUUAUAAACCGGCGCAUCCAAUAUAGUCUCCCUUCGAAGCGCGCGUGUGCAGGCGUCGUCUUGCUUGGUCCGGCAUGCGUGCCGGGGGUGGGGUGGGGGGGUCGCGCGCGCGUGUCCUGCCUCCCUCUCCUCCUCCCCGCGGCGGCAGAGAGGAGAGCAGGAGCAGCAUGUCUUCUCCACGGACCCGCGUGUCGUGUGUGCGCGGUGUGUGCUUUUUCCUUGUGAAUGCCGCAACACCAGUGACAGCCCGGUGGGGGGAGGGGGAAAGGAGGAGGAGAAGGGGGCAUCCUCUCUUCUCUCGGCCUUGUUUGUGUGUGUAUUUCCCCGGGGUGUCCUCUGCGCCUCUCUGCCUGUCUGCCCCUCCCCAGGGCGAAGGCGGCAGGAGGACCGGAGGAAGGGCG